UUGGANCUAUCGGAAUCACAAUGGGCAUGUAUAGCGAUAGCCAUCGUUCUUCCAACCGUGUUUCUUGAAUUCUUAUCCAAGAUAGCAUGGCUUAGUUUAGUGGGUAUAYUUGCACUUUCRRKAUCGKUUGGCCUGUGUUUGGCGUACGAGUUGCARGCUGUCCAUAAAUGGGAAGUUAAUUCAUUAUUGUUCUGGGACACCCAGGGUACGAUGAUUGCACUAAAUAUCAUCGUUUUYAGCUAUGGUUUGCAURCAGUUAUCAUACCCAUAGAAGGAGAGAUGGCAGAUAAAACUAAGUUGCCCGUAGCUCUAGUAUYAAGCUAUUGUACUGGURGAUUCAUCAAGAUAGUGUUCGCAGUGGCAGGAUUUUUAACCUACACUUCAGCUACAAAUGAAGUCAUUCUCAACAACUUACCAUCAGGAAUAGCUGCCAAGAUAACAGCAGYCUUUUUCAGUGUCAGYGUGUUGGUUACCUWUCCSAUUCCUGUCUUAAUACUAGUAARAAUGUUCGAAGAGUCAGARCUUUACUGCAAAAUAACAGAGAAGGUGCACCCRAAAAUCUGCCUCGCAUCUUUUCGUGUUKUCAUUGUUCUUUCUUCUCUUGCWCUUWCUGUUGGAUUGCCUCAUUUUGCACUUGUUACGGCUUUAGCUGGUUGCGGAGGAUACGGGGUUAUGUUCAUCUUUCCUGGUCUUUUUCAUCUUGUUAUUAAGUACAAAAACUUAAGGUGGUUUCAUAUCUGUAUCGAUUGUUUCUUUAUGGCGCUUGGUGUUGGUGGUAUGAGUUUAGGUUUGGUAGAAGUUGUGAAAGAUUUAAUUAUGAUCUAGUGUCGAUAUCAGCCCUCCAGUGUUCCCCCCGUAGAGUGCAUACCAUAUAUCCGUGAAAAUAAAGAAAUUGUACAAA